AUGGAAGAAUUUCCUCUAGGAACGCUGUCCGUGGAGUUCGUCGGAGAUGGACUUCUUCUGGGGGAAAUUGGAUGGGAUGAUUCGGAUGAUUGUGGAGGGGUAUCGGGAAAGAUUCUCUCUGUAAGUGCGUCCGAAAACGCUGACACUCGAGAAAUGGUCGAUGACGAAAGUUAUCUUAGAUACAUAAACAAUAUCCCUAAUCCUGGAUUGGCUCAGCAGUACACGUACUCUGCUCUCGGCGUCACUAACUCGCCAUAUAAAAGGAGAGGUCCUCCACGAGGAGCGUCACUUCUCCUUCGGAACUCGGCAGUCAUUAGUCACUUUUCAUUCGAUAUUCGAUAUUCGAUAUUCGGCAUUCGGCACUCAGCAGUCACCAGUCAAACUCCAUCUCCGAGAUUGUCCGCGAUACGCGUUAAAGUGACUCGACCGGAGCUUCCACAUCCUAGUGCCAACUUUCCGUGGGGUCCUGAGGCUAACGAUUUGCCGCGCCAGAACCGUCCUUUCAAAGGGUGGCUACGAAGCCGGGCCUACCGGGAGGCACGGAAACUCUUGGACGAAGAGUUCAAGAGGUAUCUCGGGAGCUCACAAGAGCAGAAUCGUCCGGCCGAGGGUCGCCUACCACCAGUACCAUCCUCGUCACCACCGGCUCCGCCGGCAAAUCACCCCGAUACCGCUUCCCCAAUACCGCUCCCGCCUCAGGGACCUUCGCCUUCACCACCUCAGGCACCUCCUUCUCCUCCCCCUCGAACUCCUUCAUCUGCGUUUUCGGACGCACUGACAGAGGGAAUAUUUCCCGAUACUCCACCACAAUCAUCCGAUUCGUUCCACCCAACUCCCCCCAGAGGUCCAUCUCCGACGAACUCCACGGACAGCGUGGAGUUCCUAGAGGAAAUUCCUCCACCCCCACCUAGAUCCUACUUCCGGAUCCUGGAGAGUGACACUUUUGAGUCACUCAUCUCUCAAUUCCCGCGGGUUACUACCGCAUCUAUCCCUCAGGGGGCCUACACUAUCGGCCCUCACUACUUUGAUCCCCAUGAAAUCCGAAAUGCCAAUACUGGUCGAAGUCCUAUCUCAAAUAUAUCCCCGUAUUCCUCCCAAAUUCUACCCAUCCAAUAUUAG